GAUAGACUUAAGACAAGUUGCAGGAGUUCGAACAGUUCAUCAGGUGAUUGUAAACACAGUGGCCGUCACCGCCUCCUUCUCUUAUUUACUGAUAAAAAAAAAGGUUUGGUGGCUGUAUUCAGGAGCAGUUUUGUGCAAGUCUUCACUAAAUGGCUGAUCAGGCUGACAGCAUGGUUUCGCCAAUGGAUGACCAAGAUAAGCUCCUCGACGAAGCAAUGGGAGCAGUUCGAGGUCAGGCAUUUCAAAUGAAACGAUGUUUGGAUAAAGGUCGAUUAAUGGAUGGACUAAAGCAUGCAUCAAACAUGCUUGGAGAACUGAGGACAUCACUUCUUUCUCCUAAAACAUAUUAUGAACUCUACAUGUGCAUUUGUGACGAACUACGACACUUGGAAAUGUACCUUAUUGAUGAGUUUCAAAAAGGGCAGCGUGUAGCAGACCUAUAUGAGCUGGUUCAGUAUGCUGGCAAUAUUGUUCCUAGACUAUAUCUGCUAAUAACAGUUGGUCUGGUAUAUAUAAAAACAAAUGAAACCUGCAAACGUGACAUCUUGAAGGAUCUGGUUGAGAUGUGCCGAGGAGUUCAGCAUCCCCUUCGUGGACUGUUCUUGAGGAAUUACCUUCUUCAGUGCAGUCGUAAUAUUUUGCCAGACAUUGAUGACCCUCCUGCUGGACACAACCCAGAAGAAUAUCCAUCAGGUUCUAUCUCAGAUAGUGUUGACUUUAUCUUGAUGAACUUCGCUGAGAUGAACAAGUUAUGGGUGAGGAUGCAGCACCAGGGACAUUCCCGAGACAAAGAAAAAAGGGAGCGCGAGAGGCAGGAGUUGCGCAUCUUAGUGGGCACUAACCUGGUUCGCUUGUCUCAACUUGAGUUUGUUGAUGUGCAGAGAUAUAAGAGGAUGGUUCUUCCGGGGAUCUUGGAACAAGCUGUUAGCUGCCGUGAUCCACUUUCUCAAGAAUAUUUGAUGGAGUGCAUCAUUCAGGUGUUCCCAGAUGAGUUUCACCUUCAGACACUUAGUGCAUUUCUGAAAGCCUGUGCUGAGCUCCAUGCUGAAGUCAAUGUCAAGAAUAUCAUCAUCUCUCUUAUUGAUCGUCUGGCUAACUUUGCUCAUCGCGAAGAUGGAACUGGAAUCCCCGAUGAUAUCAAGUUAUUUGAGAUCUUCUCGGAGCAAGUAUCUCAAGUUAUUAAGUCGCGACCCGAUAUGCCCAUGGAGGACACUGUUAGCUUACAGGUGUCACUAGUCAAUUUGGCUCAGAAGUGCUAUCCAGAUGAAAUAGAAUAUGUUGACAAAGUGUUACAGAACACAUUGGAAGUGUUCCAGAAAUUAAAUAUUGAUAAGUAAGUAAAUGUUAUUCUC